AUGAAUCUGUACGCGCACGACCUCUCUCUCAUGGACUUCAACGACUUCAGCUUCUCCGAUACCUUUUCCGAUUCCUUCUCCCGUCGCCGUACUCCUUUAUAUUCUGAGCCCGAAACUGCCCCUCAUCAUAACGAUGACGAUGCUACUGAUGCCAGGGGCAAUUAUGACAAUAAAAGCAGCAUCCGGCGCAGUCGUAGCCCUCCCAAGUACCGCCAUGACGGCACUUCACCUCUCCCUCUGGGCAUGGACUGGAGCCCUCCUCCUCGCAAAUGGGAUGGGCGCGACUCUGUUUGGCCACAUAACCCGCCUACAGGAUGGAGUUAUUGUAUCACUAUUCCUUCUUGGAUUUUCCUGCCCAAAUCAAGAGGUUCAGAUCCUGUGGUGUUUUAUAGGGUUCAAGUUGGUGUACAAUCACGGGAAGGAAUCACCACUACUCGCGGGAUAUUACGAAGAUUUAGCGACUUUUUGAAACUAUUUUCUGAACUUAAAAAGGCGUUCCCUAUGAAAGAUCUGCCUCCAGCUCCUCCAAAGGGGUUCCUGAGAAUGAAAAGUCAGGCACAAUUGGAAGAGCGAAGAUGUUCUUUGGAGGAUUGGAUGGAAAAGCUAUUAUCAGACAUUGAUUUAUCAAGAAAUGUAUUGGUUGCAACCUUUCUUGAGCUUGAAGCUGCUGCCAGGUCUUCAUUCCAAGAAGUAAAUCAGCAAAUUUCAGAUGUAAACUCUUCGACUAGUGGCGCAGCUCCAUCAUUCCUGUUGCAAGCUCAUUCAGAUCUUUCUGUGGUUGCUGCUAGUUCAUCUAUUACAUCAGAUUAUGGUAAUGAUACUACAUACGAUGAAUCUGAGAUUGGAACACCAAGGCAUGGAGAUGAUAACCGUGCUAAUCCUGGCAUGGAGCAUUCAACAUCUGAACAGGACUUAAUUGAUUCAAUGGCAACGUCCGUCAAGUUUGGCAUGUUUAACCGGAACUUUGUUCAGGCAGGCCUAGAAAGGCUCUCCAGGCGUCAAUUUCCUGGCAGAAGUUAUGCCAGUAGUACUGACAGGGACCGAGUAAGUGAGAACAACUCUGAUGCCAGACCUCUUCGCAUGGAUGGAACAGAGUUCUUUUCGGAAAUAGAGGAUUGCAAGCGGGAUGGCCAUGCUCGAAGGCUGUCAACGGAGAGUUUUGGAAGUGACUUGAGUUCUGUGAGAGUUAGUGAAACAUCUAACUUGGGAGUGGCCAAUUUAUUUGGUGAUAGCUCCCUUGAUCUUGCAGAAAGUUCUGAAGCUCCUAAUACUUUUGUGAACUCAGAUUUAAGGUUUUCAAGGGACUCACUCGUUGCUCUUCCAUCCGAUGAGCGACAUAAAUUAAACAGGGUUCUUACUACAAUGCAGCAGAGACUAGCCACAGCAAAAACUGACAUUGAGGAUCUUAUUGCUAGAUUGAAUCAAGAAGGUGCUGUGAGACAAUUCCUCACGACAAAGGUCAAAGAUCUGGAAGUGGAACUUGAAACUACCAGAGAGAAUUGUAAAGAAAACAUGCAGCAGACGGUGUUAACUGAAAAAGAAAGGUUUACCCAAAUGCAGUGGGAUAUGGAGGAACUCCGAAGGAAGUGCUUGGACUUGGAAUUACAAUUAAAAUCUGAGCAGGAUGCAAAGGUGCAUUCAGAGUCAACAAAAAUAUCUAUCAUUCAGGAGAAUGAUAUGUUGCUACAGGAGUUGGAUGCCUCUAGGCUGCAACUUGAGAACUUGCAGAAAUAUCAUGAAGAGUUUGAGGCAAAAUCAAAGACAGAUGUAAAGCUACUUGUUAAAGAGGUCAAAUUUCUUCGGAAUUCACAAUCAGAAUUGAAGCAGGAACUCAGUCGAUUACUGAAAGAAAAGUUAGAAGUAGAGAGGAUUCUUCAAAAGGAAAGGCGAAGAAUAGAGGGCGCAAAUACUGCUAAUGCAAAGUUGUUGCAUGAAUGUGAAAUUCUUCGCAAUCGGCUUCAAGAGUGUAGUGUUAAUUUCCUUGUUGAAGAGGAAGAUAAACUCAUUUUGGAUACUUCAUCCCCAUCUGAUGCUAUAGAUUUACUGACAACCUCUGACAAUAGAAUUGGUCUACUUCUUGCAGAGGCACAGCUCCUGGCUCAGGAUGUCGAAAAUGCAGUUAUGGCAGUAGACGAAGCUCACAACAUUGCUGGCGGUGAUAGGACGGCUGAUGAUGAGUUGAGGAAGAUGCUUACAGAUCAGUUUGUUGAUAGCGCCAGAUUAAGGAUGCAGGUCAACUCAGUAAUCCGUUGUGCUUUGAACGCAAAUAUAAAAGCUGAAGAAGAAGAUGAUGAUGAUGGAGGAGAUGCAUACUUAAGGAAAACUGUUCUAAGCAAAUUCUUGGAAAAAUGA